UCCCAAGUCGUGGCAUGAGAUCCAAAAACACGAGCAAUCUGAAGAGUAAUAUCGAGAGUCUCACAGACUCUGCAGUGGUUCCCCCCCCAUCUGGAAGGUCUUGGGUUCUACCUGUAGACAGCAAUAUGCACUUAUCUCCCCCCCCAAACACACUGGCUCCUCAAUAGCCCGUAUACGAAACACAGCGACGGCUAAAUAGUAAAACAGCAUAAUUAACAAUGUCAUCAAUCAAAAGUGCUGGAAUAAUUCCUGCAAAUGCCCUAAAUUUGUGAAUCAAAUGCCCCCACGGUAAAUCCCGGAUGUUUACCAGGGCGUGGGUUAGGUAACCCAGUCUGUGCAGCUUGUCUCUGGCCAGAGGGCCGACUCCCAGCAGGACAAAGAGACAGCGAGCACAUGAUAAUCCUCUCCGUUUACCACAGAAGAAGAGUGGCGAGAUAUGAUAGUCCCAGGCUGAGCCUUACAUCCGCAGUGUCCGGCGUGUCAGCCGGGAUAUUGUUGUCACCGGGAUGAGCUGCAGGUGUGUUCCUGAUGUAGUGCAGUGUGUUUGUAGUGUGGAUAUCCCCCCAAACAAAACACUCUGACGCACACAGGCACGCAUGCUGCAUACAGUCACUCACAUACAAAAUUACUCUACUUGUGGGAGUCAGUUGGUUCUUGUAUUGGACUCUUUUCAAAAGCUAUUAGAUUAAGGAUAGAAACAAUGGCAUCGUCCUAAAGUUAUCAUUUUUAAGAAAGAUCUUAGAACACACCUUUUUUUUUUUGCUUUACCUUUGUCAAGUUAUGGGUGAUAACAAAACUCUGAAAGGUACAACUGAAAUGUAUCUCUGUGGCUCGCGGCAUUUUUCAUUUUAUGUCUUCUUCUUGCUUCCACAGGUAUAGCGCUUUGUACUGCUGCGUUGCACUAUAAUGCAGUAUUGCAAAAUUCCAAUCUAAACACAGUUUCCUCGAAGCUCCUUUGAGUCCCUGGUAGAGGGGUUUCUCCGGUCGUGGCUUUGGCCCUGUGUCUCCAGGUAGAGGAUGGCCCCCCAGAGGAGGGCCCUCGGCCUGCUCCACGCCGUCUGGGUCUGGAUGCUGGCUCCUCAAGUCCAUGCCUACUUCAUGGGCGACAGUAAAGCGGUGCUGAACGGCUGCCAGGACCACUGGACCCUCCAGGACCGGGCCGCCAUGCCGCGGCUCCUCCGGCUGACGGUGUGCGUCGACGUCCGGGUGCUGUCGCCGGGCGCCUGGGUGGCCUUCUCCUACAGGUCGGCGCACGCUCCGCACCCGGAGCUGGGCCUGGAGGGGGACGACGGCGCGCUGUACGCCUGGCUGCUUGGCGUCAGGCACCGCUUCCCGCGGCCGCUGGCGCCGGGCCAGUGGCAGCAGGUGUGCCUGCGGAGGGACGUGCACGGCAACACCUUCAUCCUCCACGUGGACAGGGUGCCGGUAGCGGAGAGAACGGUCAUCGCCAAGGCCCUGACGCCCUCCGGCUCCCUGCUGCUGGGGUGCCGGCCCGGGGACCGACCCCAGAGGGACGGGGCCCUGGGCAGGAUCGAGCUGUACCUGUUCAGGGUGUGGUCCGACCUGGACGACCACGCCCUCUGCGAGGACGGCUCCGUGAUUGGCUGGGACUCCGACCUCUGGGGCGUGACCAGCAGCCGGACCCGGCAGAGGGACGACAGCCUGGCGUGUGGUGAGCGCUUCGCCUUACCGGGGGAAGGCAUCGGAGUCACUUCUACAUUGACCAAUCAACAACCCCCCAUCGACCCAACAGCCAAUACAAGCGAGGCAUCCGAUACAUCAACCACGGCGUCAGUCCUUAAGACCACUGACUAUACUUCACAGCCCACCCCCCUGAAUCCAUCCGUUACCAUGGCUACCUCGACGAACGUCACACCCUCGACAACAGUGAGCACGGGUUCCCUAGCAACGGUGGAGGGGGUCGUGACUAUGCUGAUACCCAGUCCAGUUCCUCAAGCUCCGCCCUUCGGCGAUGCCAGCACUGCCAAUCAGAUCACCGGCUACAAACCGACCCCACCAAUCACAGCUCUGCCAUCCUUUCAAAUCCCACCGCCAAUUCCUGUUCCACUGGGAUCAAGUGUGAAAUGUGACAUCACACCCUUCUGUACCAACGACGUUGCUCAUUAUUGGAUGCUGAUAAGUGUGGAGGCUGAAACAUCUGGCCGUGCCGAGGCAGAUGUUAUCCGUUGGGCCUCGGCUGUGUUCGGGUGUGGCAGCAGCACAUACCCCGACCAACGGGCCCCCCAGGGCCCUGCCCAGGGGGACCCGCGCCUCGUCUGUCAGGGGGACAGUCCCGUUCAGGAGCUCCAGGUAUCCUGUGAAAAGGAGAAGAGAUCAAGGUGUGCAGACUGCAGUGUGCUGAUGCGGUUCAGUCAACCAGUACCAGUGUGUGAGAUCCAGUACCAGAUGACCAUGAGCUUCGGCAAAGAUCUGAAGAUCUGCAGCGCCGGACACUUGGAGAGAGUUGGUCGUGGACUGUGUGGGGAAGUAGCGCCCUCCAGCGGUGGAUUCGUAAGGUGCAGCCCCUUCUCUUCACUGGCAGACGCCUGCCAGUCUGAAACUCCUUCAAACUACACAUGCUCUCCACUAGAACCUGGCUCUAUCCGUGUUGCUCUGCCUGAGAGAGACCUCUGCAGCUUGCGUUGUGGGUCUCCCGGGCUGUCUGCCAGGGUUCUGCUGGGGUCCAGCCAGGUGUGGAUGGGGGGUCGGGACCCCUGCAGAGAACAGCCCCCUGUCCUCUGUGACCGUUCCAGGAAACAAGCUCUGAUUUUGACCGAGAGCUGUCCCAUCCCGCCUCUAAUGCCUCCUAUGACCAAUCAGAGCAUGCUGCUGCCCUCCUUCCUCCGUGAUACAAACUUCACUGGAUUCCCCGAGUUAAGGGCUCCUCCUCUGAAGUAUGAAAUACUUUCAGAUACGAAUACCACAACAGUUGGACCCAUAGUUACAACCACACCAGAAACUAUUAGUACCGCAAAUACCCAGCAUACAUCUCUCCAGAGUACACCAAUACCAACAGUCCCACUGAACCUGAGUCUAAGUAGUAAUUCAUCACUUGGUUUGAGUUUUACAACCCCACCGGUGACUGAGACCUUAAACAACACAACACAAUCUUAUAACACUGAGGUGAUCCAAAGUGCCCUCUCAGAUCAGACCCCAGAACAAAACACAUCGCUCCCAGAGAGCUCAAGUCUCACGAACCUCCGCACCACCACGAGUCCGGACCAGGUGCAGUCCCACAACGCGUCUCAAACAGCAACUCCAAAUAAAGCGCAGACUACGGGAAGCACGGUGACCGUUGUCACGACGACCACUCCUGACAACAAAACAGCCCUUAAGGACGGUACAACGAGGACGUUCCAGAACACCUCGGUGGUCCCCGACGCUGCGAUGCCACACAGUACGACGGAGGCUCCUAGCGUCAGUCGGGCCCCCACUAUCCGAUACGAUGCAACAACGUUGGCCCCUGUCAGGCUCAACACAACAGCCCCUCCCCAGUCCUUUUCAACCGUCGGCAAUCACACUCUUCCCGUGACCAUGACAAAAGCAACCCAAACUCUCUGGAACACGACAGUGUUGCCGACCGGCAUCAACACAACGGGGAUCCCUGGCAACGGUACUGUACCGGUUGCUAUGGUAACCAUCGUUGCUACGGACAAUCAAACCCUGCACAGCUUGGAGUCGUCUUUGCCAAGCAAUGCGACUACGCUUGAUGCGACAACUACUUCCCUCGACGGCAGGACAGCGAAUCAUAGCAAUGCAAUAUUACCGAACGAAACAACGACGCGAAGCGUUGUCAUGGCGACCGAUAGGGAAACGCCAUCAACCGAUCCGACUACAACGGCCGCACGUGACCCACAAACGUACAACUGGACUGAAACAAACACAAACAAAACAGUUAAUAUGACCUUUGGUGUCACAAUGACCCAGACCUCCACAAACCCGCCAAACCUUAGCACCACAUCCGUUGUCAGCAUUGACAUCAUCACCACCAGCACCAUACCGCCAGUACAAUCCCCUUUAGCGACCACAACCUCAUCCAUGACAGUAUCCGAUCAGCACAGCAAAAACCAAAGCAUACACACUCCAGAGACAGCAACACCGACCAAUCAUACUGUAGCAACGGUGACAGAGUCGUUACCAUUAGACACCACCAUCACCAACCAAAGCAACAUGUCUGCUUCCACCACUGGUAAUAUAUCGCUUGGGGCCACGGAGACGUCUGAACACCCCAGGGGUCAAGAGGAGGAAGCAAAGGAGCUGGAGAUUCAGUCCCAGAAAGUCUCCAAACUCAACUCCUCCCAGGUGGAGGAGUUGGUGGGGAGGCUAGAGAGGCUGCUGGACGGAGCCAGUGUCCCCCUAGUGGUGGGGCGCAUCGCCGUGCGUGCCAUCAGUAACCUGAUGGAGGGACACCACCUGGCCAUUUCCUCCUCCACUAACAGGCUAAUCCAUUCGGUGGACCAGCUGGCUCUGAAGCUGGAGGUGGGGGCAGAGACACUGGUGCUGUCGGCCAGCUCCCUGGCUCUGGCUGUGCGGCCCCUCGACGGGUCACGGUUCCCCGAGACCUCCCUCUCCCUCACCGACCCUGCUCACCUUCAGGUAAGCACUGCAGACAGGUCCCUUCCCCAGAGGUCGGAGGUCGACCUGGCUUCUGUGUACCUCCCUUCCUCCCUCCUGGAAUCCCUGACCCCCUCGGAGAGGGCCCUGGCCACCAGGGUGCAGUUCACCUUCUACACCACCCCCAAACUAUUCCAGGACGUCGCGCUGGGGAACGGAACACUGGUCAGCCCGGUGCUGGGAUCCAGCGUCACCAACCUGUCCAUCAGUAACCUCAGAGAGAACAUCCAGUUCAGCAUCUGCAGCCCUCACAGCACACAGGCUAACGCUCUGCCUCAAUGCGUGUUCUGGGACUUCAGGCUGAACGGUGGCCGAGGGGGGUGGAGCCCUGAAGGGUGCUCCGUCCUCAACGUCACAGACGGAAAAACAACCUGCAGCUGCAACCACCUCACAUCCUUCGCUGUCCUGCUGGACCUGUCCAGACGAGGUGUGUCUGACCGUCAGCACGGGGCGAUCCUCACCUUCAUCACCUACAUCGGCUGUGGGGUCUCUGCAGUCUUUCUCUCCAUCACCCUGCUCACCUACAUGUGCUUCCGGAAGUUACUCCGCGACAUCCCCUCUAAGAUCCUGGUGCAGCUCUGUCUGUCCCUCCUCCUCCUCAACCUCGUCUUCCUAUUGGACGGCUGGCUAGCGCUCUACCCCGCCCCCGGGCUGUGCAUAAGCACCGCCUUCUUCCUGCACUACUUCCUGUUGACGUCCUUCACGUGGGCGGGGCUUGAGGCCCUGCACAUGUACCUGAGCAUCGUGCGGGUGUUCACCCCGUACCUUAGCAGAUACAUGCUCAGGUUCUCCCUCAUGGGCUGGGGUAUUCCUAUGACGGUGGUAGUGGUCAUCAUAUCGGUGGACAAAGACAACUACGGCCUGAUCACCUACGGAAAAUACUCUGACGGCACUACCGAUGACUUCUGCUGGUUGCGGAACAACAUUGCGUUCUACAUCGGGGUGGUGGCGUACUUCCUGGUCGUCUUCCUCCUGUGCCUGGUGGUGUUCACCGUGGUGCUCGCCCAGCUGGCCCGCAUCAAGCGGCAGAACCCCCACCACCAGUGCCCCCGGCGGGGCCUGGUGACGGACCUGCGCAGCGUGGCCGGCCUCAUCCUCCUGCUGGGCCUCACCUGGGGCUUCGCUCUGUUCGCCUGGGGGCCGCUGCACCUGCCCUUCAUAUACCUCUUCUCCAUCUUCAACUCUCUGCAAGGUUUCUUCAUCUUCUUAUUCCACUGUGCCGUCAAGGAGAACGUUCGUAGACAGUGGAGAACCUACCUGUGCUGUGGGCGCCUGCGAUUGGCUGAAAACUCAGAAUGGAGUCGAACGGCCACCCAGAAUCCAAAGAAGCAGUCCGUUGCCGUGAUAACAAACGUAGCCCUGAGCCCGGCAUCUCGGAGCUCCUCCCUCAGCAGCGAGAUGACAAAUAGCUUCGGCUCAGACAGUGGUAUAUCGGACAGCUACAACGGUGAUGUCGUGCUCAACGAGAUCCACCGGCGCAACAUGGCCGCGCUGUCGUAGCUCGACAGGCCGGGGCGACGGCCUGCCCCUCGUUGGCCCAGCUGGUGGUCCACCGUCACUCACAAAAGGGCACACGCUUAUCAAAUUAGAGCUAGUUAGGGCGAGUGAGGGCUGGUCGUUGCUUUCAAGGCCCAGGGAAAGCUACUCAAAGGCGACUUUAAGGGCGUCAGGGCGAGGUAGGCAGGUCCGGAGCAGGAACAUUACUUUUCUUUAGCUAUGACACGUGCUGUUACUUCCUGUUUAUGACUUGGGUAGUUUAGUAACUAUGUUGAAGUGCCAACAUGCUUAGAUUGCUAUUUGGCUGAAGGACAACCGAAAUCAGCUAAUUUCUGUAUAAGGUGUAGAAUAUAUAAACAUUAAUAAUUGUAAUUCUCAAUUUAUUUUGAUGAAGUUCAAAAGCGAAUGAGGUUUAAUAAAAAAACAGAAUAA